AUGGCUCCCCAACUGCACGAACUUUUUGAGAAGGUUAAGGCGAUCAGGAAGCGCCUCAAGCUGAAGGGCCACCUCGUAGAGUUCCCCGCCCGAGAGCCUGGCGAAGAGGACGAGGAGCAGGACAAUCCUAUAUCUACGAAGUCCAUGGGUAUGAAUGUUCCAGCCUUGAAAGUCAUGUUUGAGUACUACCGGUUCACAAGUGGUAAGAAGGUCCCUGUUCAGAAGUUUGAAGCUCAGGUCAAGCACCUUUACGAGAAUUGUGAUGUCGAGCCCAGCAAAAAAAUGGGCAGCCGACAAUUCUAUCUGGAUGCGUGGGCCAGCGCUGUCCGGGAGCUGUUUGCACUCAUAAAGACCAUUCGUGACGAGAAGGGCCAGCAUGAGCACGAGGAUACAAACGAUGAAGAGGGGGAAGAGGAAGAAGGGGUUGAAGAGGACCAGUGCGUUUCGGACUAUGAGACGGAGGAGGCGGACACGGGCCCGAGCUCAGCUGAAUCCAAGUCCAAGAAAUCCAAGAAUGCCAAGGGCGCAGAAGCCGCCACGGCCGACAACGGUUCAGGUGUUGGCGAAAUCCCUUUGGACUCCCAGGAGGAUGCACAGGUGCCCAAGUUGCGCCACAGAUCGAAAGGCUCUUUGCUAAGCUUGGCAAGCACAGCUCAGCUUGGCAAGACCCCUGGCAAUGUGGAGACGCCUGCCUCCUACACGGCUCCCGUUGCCGCCGAGGACGAGGCAGAACUUGCCCGAUUGUUGGCGAUGAUUGACAUGGAGGAGGCUGGUUUGGGCAGUGAUGCGGAUCCUCACAGGUCCAUGUUGGUCAUGAUGGUUGCAGCGGCAGCAACACCCGAUUGCAAGAAGAAGCUUGACUUUGAGCCGCCGGCUGCCAACAACCCCGACCAGGCGCAGUUGGCAGACACACUUGUUGAAGACCGUGGUGUUGCGAACGGGCCAGACCAUGGUGUUGCGAACGGGCCAGACCAUGGUGGUGCGAAUGGGCCAGACCAUCGUGGCGCGAAUGGGCCUGCUGAGGCGAUCGAAGUGGAUUCGAGUCCAGAGAAGAUCAAACAGGAGCCAUCAUCCCCUACCGGGCCUUCUUCUGUGGCAGAGCCUGUGUCCCUCGAUGCCCAGAAUGAGCUCCGACAGAACCUGCGAGCAUCCAUCCGCCGAAAGCGCAAGAGCAGGAGCAAGCGUGACUUAGCCAAGGCCGCCAAGUCCAGGAGAGGCAAGCGCAAAGGGAAGGAUACCUCGGGUGAUGAUAAUGAUGGUGAGGGUGAGGUGCCGGCAGCUGCGAAGACCAAAGGCAAGCGCAAGCGGGGCACUUGCGAUGCAGAUCCCGUGCCUGCUUUGUCAACGGCGAAGCCUAAGGCAAAAGCGACAGCAAAGGCCAAAGCCAAGACAAAGGCCACGGCAAAGGCCAAGGCGAAGAGUGCGUUGCCAAAGGCAAAGGCCAAGGCUAAGGGGAAAGCCAAGGCGACAGCAAAGAAGAAAGUGGUGAAAGUCACCGAGCAUCCGUUGAGGCUGGAGCCGGAUCGAAACCGAACCGGCUACAGUGCUUGCGGUACUUUGGUGCUGGGCUGCUCGAGCUGUCGAUGGUUGGUGAUGGGGUGCGGAACGUGCCUUCGCACAAACUUCCACGGAAAGAGGUGGAACAAGGUGGCAUGCCCGGAGGAGUGA